AGACCUCGCCGUGCACGGAGCUGGGGGCCUUUCUGCUGAGUAUCCCUCACUGCAUAGUAGCACAUGGAUUUCAAGACUUCAAAUGAAGAGACAAAGACUGGGAUUUAUUUGAUGCAAGAAGGUAAUGAGGAGCCGUUUAAUAUUCGACUACACUUGGCCAAAGAUAUUCUGACCAUUCAAGAGCAAGAUGUCAUCUGUGUGUCGGGAGAGCCUUUUUAUUCAAGUGAGAGGACUGUAACGAUCAGGAGGCAGACGAUUGGAGGGUUCGGCCUGAGCAUCAAGGGUGGAGCAGAGCACAAAAUCCCUGUUGUGAUAUCGAAAAUAUCAAAAGAACAAAAAGCUGAGCUCUCUGGGCUGCUCUUCAUCGGAGACGGCAUCCUUCAGAUAAACGGAAUAAACGUCAGGAGCUAUCGCCACGAGGAAGUGGUCCAGGUUUUGAGAAACGCUGGCGAAGAAGUGACGCUCACGGUCUCUUUCUUAAAGAAGACGCCGGCCUUCCUGAAGCUGCCGCUGUGUGAGGACUGCACAUGCAUCCCCAGCGACCAGAGUAGUGGGACCUCCUCCCCUCUGUGUGAUAGCGGCCUGCACUUGAAUUAUCAUCCCAACAACACGGACACGCUGUCCUGCUCGUCCUGGCCCACGUCCCCGGGGCUUCGCUGGGAGAAGAGAUGGGUGGACCUGCGCCUUAUUCCUCUGCUGCACUCGCGCCUGUCGCAGUACAUCCCCGGCUCUGACGUCUGCAGAAAAAAUGCCUUCCAGGUCAUAGCGGUGGACGGCGUGUGCAGCGGAGUCAUCCAGUUUCCUGCAUCCGAAGACUGCCUGGACUGGCUUCAGGCAAUAGCGAGCAACAUUUCCGGUCUCACCAAGCACAAUGUGAAGAAGAUUAACCGAAACUUUCCAGUUAACCAGCAGAUUAUCUACAUGGGCUGGGUCGACGAGAAGGAGCAGGACUCCGUUCAGGACCGAAUGUAUUCACCAAAGUUCCUCGCUUUGAGGGGUUCCUCGCUCUUCAAGUUCUCAGCACCUCCUGUGACAACGUGGGACUGGACCCGAGCAGAGAAAAGCUUUACCGUGUACGAGAUCAUGUGCAAGAUCUUAAAGGACAACGACCUCCUGGACAAGAGGAGGCACUGCUUCAGCGUCCAGACGGAGACCGGCGAGGACAUGUUCUUCAGCGUGGAGCUGGAGUGCGAGCUGCUGAUCUGGGAAAAGGCUUUUCAGAUGGCCACCUUCCUGGAAGUGGAGAGGAUACAGUGUAAAACGUACGCCUGCAUCAUGGAGAGCCACCUCAUGGGACUCACAAUUGACUUCAGCAUGGGCUUUGUGUGCUUUGAUGCUGCUUCAAAGGCGGUCCUGUGGAGAUACAAGUUCUCCCAACUCAAAGGAUCAUCUGAUGACGGAAAAAGCAAAAUUAAGUUUCUAUUCCAAAACCAAGACUCUAAAUCUAUCGAAGCAAAGGAGCUGGAGUUCUCGAACCUCUUCGCCGUGCUUCACUGUAUUCACGCGUUCUUUGCUGCCAAAGUUGCUUGUCUGGACCCGAUGUUCGUGGAGAGCCAAGGCACCGCCACCACCGCCGGGAUCCCGUCCCUGUCCAGCCUCUCCUGCAAUUCACAGACACCCAAACUGAAGUACACCACUUGACAGGCGCUGCUUCC